CAGUGUUUUUUUUCAGAUUAAAUGUUUUAAACGAAGGAUUUAAUUAGUGACAGGACAACAGGAUUCUCGUCUUUUCAUGUAUAUACAAAAUGUUGAUCAGUUGAAGAUGGGUAGUGUAGACCUGAAAACACUGGCCAAUGCUUACCCAGAUCUCACUAAUGACGAAAGACAGCUCCUAGCAGAUAUUCGCAGACGAAAGCAGGAGCUAUUAUCUGAAAUAAAUCAGUUAAAAGAUGAGCUCUCCGAAAUAUCAUCAGAUAUUGACGGGAUGGACACUGAGGAAGGAGCUAAACGAAAAAACAUGGCGAUGGCAAAGAAAAAAUUCAACAUGGAUCCUAAGAAGGGGAUCGAGUUCUUAAUCUUGCAGAACCUUGUGAAGGAAACACCGGAGGAAGUGGCGCAGUUUCUUUACAAGGAGGAGGGUUUAAACAAAACAGCUAUAGGAGAUUAUCUGGGAGAGAAGAAAGAUUUUAACGAAGCAGUUCUUAAAGCUUUCGUUGAGCUUCAUGACUUCACUGACCUUAUCCUUGUCCAGGCACUCAGGCAGUUCCUUUGGAGCUUCAGGCUUCCAGGUGAAGCCCAGAAGAUUGAUAGAAUGAUGGAAACCUUUGCCCAGCGCUACUGUCAGCUCAACCCUGAUAUAUUUACCAACUCAGAUACUUGCUACGUUCUAUCAUUCGCCAUCAUCAUGCUUAACACCAGCCUUCAUAACCCUAGUGUCAAGGAUAAACCCAGUGUUGAGCAGUUUAUAAACAUGAACAGAGGAAUCUAUGCCCCCCCCCCUCUCCUUGCGCAUAUUUUUUUUAGUAUUAAGACGGAACCCUUCAAGAUACCCGAGGAUGAUGGAAAUGAUCUGAUGCAUACUUUCUUCAAUCCAGACAAGGAGGGCUGGCUGUGUAAGCAGGGGGGCAGGUACAAGAGUUGGAAAAGAAGAUGGUUUAUCCUGAAUGAUAAUUGUUUUUAUUAUUUUGAGUUUACAACAGACAAGGAACCCAGGGGGAUCAUUCCCUUGGAGAAUAUUAAGGUUCGUGAGAUAACAGAUAGGAAUAAGGAACAUUGCUUCGAACUAUACUCGGGAGGAAAUGAGGUCAUCAAAGCUUGCAAAACAGACAGCGAGGGGAAGGUUGUUGAAGGGAAACAUACAGUCUACAGGAUGUCUGCGAGCACUGCAGAAGAUAAGGAUGAUUGGAUAAAGUGUAUACAGCAAAGCAUAAGUCACAAUCCUUUCUAUGAUAUGCUGGCAGUACGGAAGAAGAAAGCGCAGUCUCGGAACUAAAUAUUUUUUCUGUUCUAAUUAUUGAUUAAAAGAAAAGUUCAAUUGUUGAUAAAUAGAAGUUAUUCUUAUAUUAGAUUAUUACAUGAAAACCAUGUAUUUUGUAAAUCCAAUCAAAAUAAGAUUUAAAACUAAUGAUUUUAUUAUGAUGUAACAUGAUCUUAUAGUGAAGACCAGAGAUUUCUUUUAUUUCAUGUUCUUACUGUAACAUAUUCAGUAUCUCAGUUCAUAGUUAAAUUGUUAUUCUAGAUUAAACCUGGGUAUAUAUUAAUAAGACCCCCCUCCCCCCAUGAUUUAUGAAGAUUUGGGAAGGUAAUGAAGAAGUUUAUAUAAAAUUUAAGGGCGGGCCGAGGGAAUAAUUAUUCAGAAUAAUAUAUACCCUUGAGAUUUAAAGUCACUGUGAGUUUCAAAUGUUAUGGUGUUCUACAGUAUUUCCCUGUUAAAUGUAUUUUCACUAAUAUCUUUAAUAAAUAAUAAUAACCCA